AUGCCAACUGUAGCAGAUCAAUCAGUCAGGUUCUCGAUCGAUCGAAUGGCUCCAUCAUCGAAGACGAGAGCAGGACGAUGCAAUCGGCAUGGAGCUGUGGAGGUUCCUGACGAUGAUGAUCAAGGUGGCUGCUCUACGCCCAAGGGUAAGAGUUUCAGGAUCCCAGAGGCACUGUCUUGCCCACCAGCUCCAAUGAAGGCAAAGAAACCACCUCCUCCAAAGUUCUGCUCAAGAGUUUCUACACCUGCAGUCGCCUUCUUCGCCCCCCUGGAGGAGGAACUAGAUCUCUUCUUCCUGUUUGCAUUUCGUAAGAUCUGA